AUGACACAGAACGCGGGGCAGCACACAUGGCACAGCGCCGAACACCGCCUGCAUUACACCAGGCCCGCAGCGCGCCACAAUGACGCCGCCGCUGGCGCGGCGGCGUCCGAUGGGGUGGUGGGACAGUGGAAGGACCGCCCGCCCAAUCCGCGUCGGUCUAGCCGGUGCGUGGUCCUUGGUAGUGGUGGUGGGGAUUCCGGGAUUCGGAGAUGGGUGAUUGGGGCGGGGUCAGGCCAGAAUGCGGGGAGGGUGCUGUUACCGGUGGUCGUACCGCGGCCUACCGCCCCACCAACGUGCGUCCAGUGGACAUUGCAUCACCCAAAAACUGGCACGAUCGGUCACUGGUCCCCUACUCCUUCAGUACGAAAGCACGAUGAUACUGAUAACCUGGGAUCCAAGGGAGCUAGAAACGGGGAAAGUUGAACGAACCAUCUUGACAAAAACAACUGGCCUGGCACCUGUCUGUGCGGCUAUACCGAGGCCACCACCGUCAAUCCCGAUAAGCUCGCGAGAUUCAGAUCUGGCCAUAGUGCGGGGUCAGGCUGAAGCAUUUUUGGAGAAAAGCUAACCUGCUUGUGGAUGAAACGGGACGACCCCCCACCAAACAAAU